ACUACGGACGGAGACGGACUCCUACGUUUCCCUCUAUCGAUCCCAAGAUCUGCGCCUUCUACUUGCUGAUCGAUCUACACGCCUGCCAGCCGGCCACAUGGAAGGGACCCAUGGCGACGGCAAUGGUGUGUGCUUCCCCUACGACGUGUUACUCGACAUCCUCCGCCGCCUCCCCUGCCACGCCAUCGCCAAGUCCCGGCAUGUCUGCCGUGCGUGGCGCACCCUCGUCGACGCCCACAACCUCCUCCUCCUCCCGACGGUGUUCUUCGACGUGACCAUCGGCGGCGCUCCCGCAGGCCGCAUCGUGAUGAGGCUGUUCGCCAAGGACGUGCCCAAGAUGGCGGAGAACUUCCGCGCGCUCUGCACCGGUGAGAAGGGCGUCGGCAGGAGCGGCAAGCCGCUGCACUACAAGGGCAGCGCGUUCCACCGCGUGAUCCCCGGCUUCAUGUGCCAGGGCGGCGGCAUCACCAGGGGCAACGGCCUCGGCGGCGAGUCCAUCUAUGGGGGCGACUUCCCCGACGAGAAGUUUGUCUACAAACACAUGCCCGGGAUGAUCUCUAUGGCCAACGCCGGGCCCAACACCAACAGCUCCCACUUCUUCAUCUCCACCGUGCCCUGCCCGUGGCUCGACGGCAAGCACGUCGUCUUCGGCGAGGUCAUCGUGGGCAUGGCCGUCGUCCGAAACAUCGAGAAGGUGGGCUCCCGCAGCGGCACGUGCUCCAAGCCCGUCGUCAUCGCCGACUCCGGCCAGCUCUAGGCCUGCGCCCUCCCCUAGCCAGUCAUCGUCCUCCCAUGUCACGUCGUUGAUCUAAAAUUAGUUGGCGUGAGCUGUGUCGUGUCUUCCCUUUGUCCGUCCGAUGAGAUCUCCGUCGUUGGUUUAGGAGGGUUUUAGGAGAACUCUUUAGGCUGCUGGAUCUGUGUUCGACGGCCAUGGUUAUCUUCAAAGCCACAGAGUUUCAUAAUUCUUUUUUAUUUCGGUUGCUAUUUUGUUUUACCACCACCAAGCCUUCUCAGGUGUAUGUGUCAAUUUGUGGUGUUGGGCGAAAAAUAUGUUUUCUGUUCCUAGUGCCUUGCACAAAAACUCACGCGUUGCGUUUGACGAUGAGAUAUAUAUGGGAUCUCCACGGAGAUGAUUUUUUUUGCCAAUUCCAGCCCGUUGUGGUUGUUAAUUGUUCUUGACAUCAUAAGCUGUGCGAUGCGCUCACAAUUCCUGUUUAUUUUUUGGAGCAUGACUUUUGAGAAACGAUGUGAUUUUUUGAA